AUGCCCUUCGACCAGCUGCCUCAUCUCGCCCCAGAGUUUGCUCCAGCGAUGAUGUUCGAUGUCCAUCCACUACUCGCAUUUGCUCAAACUCACUUCAACCUCACGGCGCCGCGUGCUUCACCUUUCCACAAACCUGUCGAUUUCGACCUGAGCAAACGUCUCGAAUGGGAGAACAAACUCAUCUCGACCCCAUUGACGCGUCUUCCAAGAGACCAGACUGCAAUUGCAAUACAAGCGUUCCGCAACGUGUCUGGCUUCAUGGGGAAUCGAGCAAGUGGCAAGAACCAGAUCGACCACUGCUUUAAGCUGCUGCGCAACGUCGUCCCUCGGUCGCCGGCAUUGAAGGACGAAAUCUACUGUCAAAUGUGCAAGCAGCUCACUCGCAACCCCAGCGUAAAUGCUGCUAUGAACGGGUGGUUGCUCCUGAACGCGUGUCUUGUGACUUUCCCACCGUCUCCGCCAUUGGCUGAGUGUCUCGAGAGGUUCAUUAGCGUUCAUAUUGGAGCAAGUGGUGACUCGGAGGCGAGCUCUGAAGUGUCAGCAUACGCAUCGGAAGCACUAGCGUCUCUAGGUUGCUGUGCCACUAAAGGCGAGCGCAAAGAAAUCCCAAGUGCAGCAGAGUUGAGGGCACUACAACGUCAUGCCCUCAAUGAUAUCACCGUGAUGCUGGCCGAUGGCUCAGCUCUAAUCAUGCAGGUCAGUGCAUGGACGACAAGCCGUGAACUUGCUGGCCUCGUAGCGCGCAAACUAGGAGUCUGUCACGAGAAAGCUUUUGCGCUUUUCGAGACCAACGAUGACGAAGAAGAACACCUCGUUCCUGACAAUGAGCGCGUUAUGGAUCUCUACGCUGAGUGGGAGCGCACGCACAUUGAUGUGAGCGAGCUCAAGCAAAAGAAGAAGAAAGACAAGAUAACUAGCCCACAGGAACCGACGAAAGCCCUCGCUGUAGAAGGAUAUCACCUCACUUACAAGGCGUAUCUGUGGGUACAUGUGGACGAUGAAACUGCAGCUGAUGUCGGACUCUACUACCUACAAGCUGUACACAAUGUACUCAGUGGGCGAUACGUCUGUGACCUGGAUGUAGCAGUCGAGCUAGCUGGCUAUCAAUUGUUCUGCAAACUGGGCAGUGACCAGAUCCCAACGCUUAGCCAAAUCACGUACUACAUUCCUGCUCCACUGCUCAGUGCAUCGAAUCGCGCUGCCAUUGCUGAGCAGGUACUUGCUAGCUUUGACGCCUUCGUGAAUAGUUGGUGCGUGCAGUCGACCCAGCAUGCUCGACUGGCAUACUUGCGUCUCUGCAAGCGUCAACCACUUUAUGGCUUGACGCUUUUCCACGUUAGGAAUUCACGCCAGCUCGCGGUACUGCCAGCUCGUGUCAUUCUUGCUAUCAACGACGUGGGUAUCAGCAUCUUAGGCGCCGGCGAUGAAGUAUUAGCACUCUUUCCUUACGCGGACAUCGCGAGCUGGGGCUACAGCGCCAACUCGUUCGUCUUUAAUGUUGUGCGCGGCAGCGAAGAGAGCGAGUAUUCUUUCAGAACCGCCCAGGGCAAGAGCAUAAACGACAACGUGGUCGCCUACGUCGACUACCUCAUAUCAUUAACCACUUUUGCAAGCGAGUAA